ACAGUGUGGGUUAUAUUACGUGUAGCGGCAGUUGGAGAGUGAAAACGCGAAUCCGAAGUACUCAUAAAAUAGAAACCGCGUGAAACGAGAUUUUAGUCGAAUUUUAGCAAGCGGCGAUCACGCUACAACCGUUCCCAAACAUCAUUAAGCAUUCGCAAUUGAUUAGUUCGUGGGGUUGAACUUUAAGCGGACCUCCAUACAUUUGAAAUGUUGGUGUCUAAGCAACACACAAAAGAACUAUUCAAUACCCCGCAGUACCCAAGGUGCAGCUCAUGAAACCUGCCGAACAGAAAACAACGUGCGGAAAAGUCUACCGAAAAGUGUGUUGCUGCUGGAAUACAAGUCGCAGCAGAAAUGGUUCGAGGUCUGUGGACCGCCCUUUUUCUGUUGGGCAGUGCCACCUACGGCUCCAGAGUUCCGGUGAGGAAGCUCACUCUCGACCGAAGCUGUCCGUACCACGCUGGGUGCAAUUCCACGGUCAACGAGCAGCACAUUGAGGUGCUCCUGAGUUACGUGGACAGCGAGAAGAAUCCCUGCGAAGACUUCUACGCCUACGCCUGCGGAAAGUGGCGGGAAAAGCAUGGGGGCCAUAGCACGGCCACGGCCAUAAGCGAGGCAGAGAUCAACCAGCAGUAUGAGGAGCUCUUCAGCCACCUGCAGGGCCACCCAAGUGCCCCCGAGCACGGGCACCCCAUGUACGGGAAGGUGCUGGCCCACUAUCAGCACUGCACCGCCCUGAAGAAGCCCAACCUGAGGCGAUACCUGGAGCUGUUGGGCCAGGAUCUGCUGUCGACCCUGAGCUCCACGCACUGGAUGACCGUGCUGGCGGUCCUGGGGCGGUACGGCUACCACGGCCACUUUGUCCAGGUGGAAGUGCGGUGGCACAACGCCACUCACCACAUGAUCUUCCUGCUGCCGCACAACCGCCACCUCAGCCUGAGCCUCUCGCCGCACAUCUACGACGCCCUCAGCCAGGACGGCGCCUCCUGGCCGCCUCUCGACCGUCUGCAGGAGCAAUUCGAGUCCCUCGAGCGGCAGUUGGUCGGACUGGCAAAGUCGCACUCGGCGGACGACAGCUUCCGGAACUACAGCCUGGACCAGAUUCGGAAACAGGUGUCUGGGCUGGAGUGGGACGAGGCGUUGAAGAAGCAGCUGGGCAGGUCGGUGAGCGCCGAUCACGUCCUCCUGGUGGACGACCUGGCCGCCAUCAAGGGGCUGGUGGAGUUUCUCAACGGGGCGGACACCCUGCUGCUCAACCGGUACAGCCUGGCGCGGUUCCUCAGCCACCUGUUGGACCUGCCGCACAACCCGCUCGCCAACUGGGAGCCCGGCCAGAGGUCGAGCGGCAGGGACUGCAUCCGCCACAUGCGCCGGGCCCUCUACUUGCCGAUGAACUACGUCUACGAGAGGAGCUUCUACGCCGGGAGGCGCAGCGCCGACGAACAGGUCAUUCGCAGCGUGUUCGAGCAACUGCGGGACCAGCUGGAGCGUCGGGUGCGGCACAACGCCUUCCACCUGGGCCAGGAACUGGUCGAGUCCCUGACAGCGAAGGCUCGCCAAAUGCGAAUCAACGUGGGGAACCUGCCGCCCAACGCUUCCGAGAGGUUCUUCUGGGACAGCGACCGACGGUGGAGCGUGGGCAGCGACUUCUACGAGAGCCACCUGAAUAGUCUCCUCUACUACUACUCGCUCGUGGCCGACCUGGAGGGCAGCGGCGACCGGAGGGAGCGGGCGAUCUGGUACAGCUUCAACAUGCACACGCCCGAGUUCCCCGACAACAUCGACGCCACGCCCUACUUCUACUGCCUGGGCAACAUCAUUUUUGUGCCGUACUCCUACCUGAAGCGGCCCUUCUUCGACGCCGGCUUCUGGCCGGCCCUGCUCUACGGCGAUCUGGGCAACACCCUGGGCCACGAGAUGAUGCACGCCCUCGACACGGACCUGGUCGACUACGACGCGCGGGGCAACCUGCGCAACUUCAGCGAGCAGCUCAGCCAGGUGGAGCUGUACCGCCGGGCGGUCGCCUGCCUGAACAGCAGCGCCGUGAUGCUGAACGAGCGUACCUCGGACGUCAGCGGCUCCCGGCUGGCGCUGCAGGCCUACGGGGGCGACUGGCUGACCCGGUCGGACGACGGCCGGCUCUACUUCCUGCAGUUCGCGCACUUCUUCUGCGGCGACGAGGGCGACCAGUACCACGACUCGGGCAGCCAACGGCUCAACUACUCGCUCAGCCAGGUGCCGCAGUUCGCGGAGGUCUUCCAGUGCCGGAAUGGGAGCGGCAUGAGCUCCCCGGAGCAGUGCCCCUUCUGGUAGCCGGCCAGCGGUGGCAAGUGCUAGCUGGCGCCAGCUUUAAUUAAGACCCAAGUAUUGUGAAUAAACCACCAUGUUUAGAGAUGAUUGCGUAUGCGGCUCGCAUCUACCAGCGGAUUUUCUGGCGUGGGCUGAGUUAAUUUUCAAUUACGUGCCCAACGUGACAGACUAGGCACACAUAUGCAGAAUCAUUUUUGCCGUCUGCACUGAAUCAAAGCGGAGCAGCAGCAGGCACCCAGGUGUACACGCAUUCGGCGGGACCAAUCACCCAUGCGCCCUCACGUGUGCGCCUCCCAGCUCGCUUUUAUUUAUUUGCUAAUUAACACCCUUCCUGUCACUCAGGAGCUCAGCAACUCGGCAGCUUAGCAGCCCAGCAUCUCAGAGGACGACGGCCAAGGGGAAAAACGGAGACCGAAAUCCGAUACCAACUCCGCUCCGAAGCCCGAGCCGCUCCGGCCAGGUACACAAAGCCACUUGUUGAAGGUCGCCGCCCACGCUACUCGCACUCCGCACUCUGCUUGAGGAAAAUGGGGAAUGACUGGGUCCACGUUCACCUGGCAACCGCGCUAAUAGACCAUUAACAACCUGCCGGGAACAGUGCGCGUGAGCCGCUUGCCAAACAGCGGUCAGAUGUCUGUCCGCUUGUCUUUGCUUCGCCGACCCCAGUGACAUGAAUCGAUUCUUCGAUUUAGAGACAAAGGCAGUUUCCUUUUACGGAUCGAUUUGCCCUAACCCGGAAAUAAGGUUCAACAUGUGGAACCUAUCCGCACACCGGUUCUUUUCAAAAUUUGCGAUUCGUCUAAGUUUUUCAAAAUGGUUUUUAUUUUCUUUAAAUUUGUCACAAGCAUUAAAGCACUUCUAUAUUUAACUUUCUUAUUUGCUUUUUAUUCCGCUUUGUGCGGACUUAGUCAUUCUUGGCAGUCUCUUCUAGAGCAACCUUUUAAGGGUUAACGGAUAACUUUGAAGUACUAUUCAAAAUAAUUUCAGAAUUACUGGGAAACCGACACAAUUUUCUUUAUCAGGCUUGAAAAUAAACUUGAUUUGAAAUAUG